GGGAAGAGAGGAGAGGAGAGGAGAGAAGGAGGAGGAGAAAAAGAAGGAAAGGGGAAGCGGGGUUUUAAAAGACUUGAUUCCAUGUAAGCGAUCCUAUGGCAGAAAGGGGGGGAAGAGAGAGAGGGAGCGAGCGAACGAGCGAGAGAGGAACUUGCGAGCCCGGCCAGGGGGUGGGGAGAGUGAAAGUUCCACUCUUGCAAGUGCCGCUUCUCUCACACAAUAGAGGCGCAAAGUUUGACGAUCGGAACUCGGGGACUUACAAACAAACCCGGAGCCCAAAGGUCGGGCGUGGGCACGGGCGCUGCCUGGGAGCCUCCCUUGCGCGCGAAGCUUCUCCGGCUCCAUGGGUGCCCCGGCCGGGGCAGCAGCACCCGCGCUGACCUAGCCCGAGGGCUUCCAUUCGUAAGUCAGCAGUUCGCGCGCGCUGUGGUUGGCUGCUCCCUCGCGGAGCCCUUUUCUCAUUGGCGCCGAGCGUCGCUGGCUCGCGCGCGCCCCCCGACUGCCUCCCUGUCGGCGUUCCCCCCAGGCGGUGCCUGCGGGACGCUGGGUCCGGACGGGUGCCCCCUUUCGGCCAGGGCAGAUGCGAUAAGAGGGCCGGCGGAGACGGCAGGAAGGCCUUCCAGGGCGCGCCACCAUGUCCAUGCUGCCCACUUUUGGCUUCACCCAGGAGCAAGUGGCUUGCGUGUGUGAAGUGCUCCAGCAAGGGGGCAAUAUCGAGAGGCUGGGCCGCUUCCUCUGGUCGCUGCCGGCUUGCGAGCACCUUCACAAGAACGAGAGCGUCCUGAAGGCCAAGGCCGUGGUGGCUUUCCACCGGGGCAACUUUCGCGAGCUCUACAAGAUCCUGGAGAGCCACCAGUUCUCGGCGCACAACCACCCCAAGCUGCAGCAGCUGUGGCUCAAGGCGCACUACAUCGAGGCCGAGAAGCUGCGGGGGCGACCCCUAGGGGCCGUCGGCAAGUACCGGGUCCGCCGCAAGUUCCCCUUGCCCCGCUCGAUCUGGGAUGGCGAGGAGACCAGCUACUGCUUCAAGGAGAAGAGCCGGAGCGUCCUGCGGGAAUGGUACGCCCAUAACCCUUACCCGUCCCCCAGGGAGAAGCGGGAACUGGCCGAGGCCACCGGGCUCACCACCACCCAAGUCAGCAACUGGUUCAAAAACCGGAGGCAGCGGGACCGGGCGGCGGAGGCCAAAGAAAGGUACGAGGAAAACAACGAAAAUUCCAGUUCCAAUGGCCACAAUCCGCUUUCCUCCUCCCUCAACGGCAAUAAGACGGUUUUGGGCAGUUCUGAAGAUGAGAAAACACCCUCCGGCACCCCAGAUCAUUCCUCCUCCAGCCCUGCCUUACUUCUCAAUUCAAACCCAGGCUUACAGCCACUCCACAGCUUGGGCCAUCCUCAGGGUCCUAGCGCCAUUCCAGUUCCCAGUGCAGACCCUCUGCAUCAUCACAGUUUGCAAGACUCCAUCCUCAACUCCAUGUCUUCAAACCUAGUCGAUCUUGGCUCUUAAAAAUACUUGCUGCACCCACCACACUCCCUGAACCCAGGCUCUCUCCAUCUGGGUUGUCCUCUUCUUUCUUCUUCUUUUUUUUACUUAACUCCUCUGCUCCUACAAACCAAGGAUUUGAAACCUUAGAAGGAUCUAUAAAAUGGAUCCAUUGUUUCACUUUGGAUCAAUUGCUGAGCAGCUGUUAACUUAUCUGGAAGGUACUGUAAAUUCAGGAACAUUGUAAGCUGUCCAAGGACUCAGAUCUUAAGAGGAUGUGGUGAACCUGAUUGCAGAAAAGUGGAGGACAUUACUGUAGGAUGGGAGGGAGGGAGGAUGGGGUGGCGGUUGGUGUAAAAGCUGUUCCUUUGAGAGAAUGAAAGCUGGAAGCCUCAGCCCACACAACCUCUUGUAUGAGAUCUGAUCCAGUUGGAUUCCAACUUCUUAACCCACCUCUGUAGAUGUACUUCAACCUGAACUGCAGGGAUCAAUUCAUGAAGCUGUUGAGAACUGAAGAGCUGAAGCCAAAGCCCCAUCAAUUUCAGCAGGAUAUUGGGAAGCAAUACGUUCUCCCCUAUGGCCGCUCCCACCACCAACUGGCAUCCUGUGGUAUACCGCUUCUAAAUCUGGAGGCUUUAAUAACGGGGCAACACUGAUAGAUUUAUCUGCCAUGAAUUUGUCAAAUUCUCUUUUAAAUCCAUUUAAGCUAGCAUUUUUUUUUUGCUCAUGGCAGCAAUCGCCUGCCCAUGUCAUUGCCAGAAGCUUUGAUGAAAGACUUUCCUCUAGGGCAGGGAAAACCAUGGCUCUUCAGAUUUUGCUUCUUCCCAACCAGGCUGGGAAUUGUAGCUCAGUGACAACUGCAGGGAGGCCCCACUGCUUUCCUCAGAUCCAGAGGCUACUUGACAAGUUGACGAUUCCAUCAGGCUUAUGGUGCACUGCAGGUGGAAAGGAAUUGCCCAAAGGAAAUUAUUGGGACUCUUUUCCAAAGAAUAGGAUUAUUUGCUCAUUUCCAGGAUCAGAGUGAGAGGACAAUAUUUGGUUUUCACCCCAGAGCAAAUCUCUUUCCUUUUUUGGGAAUUCAUCUAGGUUGUGGAUAGCAGUCUAUGAAAUGCUUUUUCUUGUAGGGCAGAAGCAAAGGGACUGAUAAAGAAAGGGAAGAGUAUAGCAUGGUGUGGUGGUUCAAAUGGGGGACUAGGACAGGGAGAGUCAAGUUCAGAUCCACACUCAGGCAUGAAGCGCACUGGAUAACUUUGGGCCAGUCACACACUCUCAGCCAGCCUACCUCACAAGGUGGUUGUGAGGAUAACAUUGGAGUGGGAGUAUCCUGUAUGCUGCCUUCAGCUCUUCAGGGGAAAAGUGAGAUAUAAAUGGUAUAAAUAAAUAGAGAAGCCACACCUCUUAACUUAUUUAAAGAGAAAAACAUUUGUGAUCAUUGUACUAUAUGCCAAUAGUCAAACGCUGCACUAGCCGCCAGUUUGUAAAGAACUCCUGGCUUUUAAGCAUGACCUAGCUAAUGCUGUUCUCCCUUGUAGCUGAUGCUAUGCAAAGCACGUGAACCCUGACUGGGGGGGAAGAGAGAAAUGGGCUCCUUCGGCCUUGUAUAUUUCCCUACCACCACUAACCCAAACAUUUAGGUGAGGAGGACAAGAAAGGCGACAUCUGCAAAUCACUUAAUCCGGAUAUCUUGCCUCCACCUGAUCCAGUGGCUUCAGAGGUGAAUCUGGGUGAGCUUCUCAACAGAGCAAGCGCUCUUCCGCCUCAGUUCUUUCAUCCGCAAAAUGGGAACAAGGGCGAUUCCCCCCAGAAGGCUCCUGGUGAGGUGCUGGCAGCGUUUUGCACACUUAACUUUGAGAGAGCCUCUAUCGCUCAUUAUUAUUUUUAAUACUCCUAUUAAUUGCGUUUCCCCUUGAAGUCUGUGGGGCCACCCCACGUCAAGGUGCUUCAUUAGCCAGUCUCGGGCGAGCCCUGGAUCGCAUCCUGGGUCUGCCCACGCAGAGCCCCGACGCCCCUUCAAACCAAGCGGGGCGAGCAGCGAGCCUCACGAUAGCUCUCUCUAGGGCUCUACGAAGCCGCCGCCGCCGCCCCAACCGCGAGGACGGUUCCCCAGUCAGCCAGGCUCCCUCCAAAUUUCUGUAUUGUUUCUAUCUUGUGAAUACCGCCUUUGGAAAGAUAUUUCUGCUUCUAUUUUAUAAUAAAAUCGAGACAUCCAGCGUAGUGGUGCAAAAAGUGAAAGCUCUCGUUUUUAAC